UACAAACUAGGAAGUUCCUUAUUCGAAGCUGGGUUUGUUUUAGGCCAUUGAUAUUUGAUUCCUCUCUCUUUCUCUCUCCCUCUCCCUCUCUUUCUCUUUCUUUCUCUCGCAAAAACCGUAUCGACAAUGUCUGGGGAAUCAGCCAGCGCUAUUCCAAAGGGUCAAGUUGAUCUCUUAGAUUUCAUAGACUGGUCUGGGGUUGAAUGUCUCAAUCAAAGCUCCACCCACUCUCUCUCCAAUGCUAUCAAACAGGGUUAUAGAGAAGAUGAGGGUUUGCAUCUGGAGAGUGAUGCAGAUGAACAGCUUUUGCUCUAUAUUCCUUUCACACAAGUUAUUAAACUCUACUCCAUUGUUAUCAAAGGUCCUGAAGAUGAAGGCCCCAAGACGGUGAAGUUAUUUUCUAACAAGGAGCAUAUGGGAUUUAGUAAUGUCAAUGAUUUUCCACCAAGUGACGUGGCAAAUUUGUCGGAAGAAAACCUUAAGGGGAAACCAGUACUUCUAAAGUAUGUCAAAUUCCAAAAUGUUCGUAGCUUGACAAUUUUUAUUGAGGACAACCAAACAGGUUCAGAGAUCACAAAAGUUCAGAAGAUUGUGCUGCAUGGUUCAACCGUUGAAACAACGGACAUGAAGGGUUUGAAGAAGAUUGAGGAUCAUUAAUCAUCGAGGAGAUUCGAGUUUUCUCCCAAUCCUCCAUUAGAAAUUUUGAUUGGAAAUGUUGUGUUAGCUUCGUGAAUGAUGAUGGUUUAUGACUUCUAAUGUCUAACUCAUUUCAAAUAAAACUGAUGCAAACUAUAUCCAUAUGAUUGUGACAAUUUGUGUUUGGAAGCAAACAUUUCAAGCUGCAUGAUUAUUUGUUGUCUUUGAAACAUGUAAACUUCGUCGAGGUUAGAAUUUCCUUCAACGACUGGAUCUGGAAGGAGCUAAGCUGCGUGAAGGUGUCAUCCUAAUCAGUCAUUUAAAUCAUCACCCUUAUAUGCACCUAACAGGAACUUGCCUGUGUUUUCUGUUCACCCUUGUACACCAUUAUUCUCUAUAUAGAAUAACGGAAGAGUUCUGAACAGUAGGUGGCUCGUACGGCCAAUUAUCAAUAUUUGUGACUAUAUCCUCGCCUGUGAUUCACUUU